GACGUUUAUUUUAAUCUUUCCAUUUUGGCGGUCGGAGUUGAAAUGUUUUGAGAUUUGUUUACUUGUUAAAAAAAUCGUAAAAAUCAGGGAAACGUAUUACAAAUAGUUUAAGUUUCAACUGCAAUAUUAUACGUAAAGUUUUUACAGUUCUUUUAAAUACAGUUCAAUAGGGAGUGCAAGUGGCGACCAAAAAGUUUAUAAAUAAUAUAUAGUAUUCCAAUAAAAAAGAUAAAAUGGGUGAUUAUCCUGACCCUGAUGAAGAGUAUGAGCUCAUGUACGCGGAUGAUCUUGAACUGCUACGCGAAAUGGAUGACGAUACAGAUACAAAUCCAGUCAGAGCAAAAACAAAUCCUGCCAAAAGAAGCCUCAACUUUUCAAGUCCAAUAGCCACAAAAAUAUCCACAUCUCUAAAUAAUACAGAAAACCAGCAAGUCCACAAUAAUUCAUUAAGUUUAUCACAAAGUUUACAACCUUUGGAAGAUGUACUUACUCCAAAUAAUGUAUCAAGCCAAAGACAAGACGAACAUACUUCAGGAAUUGUAUCUAAUGAAAAUAUACAUACUUCAGGAAUUGUAUCUAAUCAAAAUAUACUUACUCCGGUAAAUGUAUCAAAUCAAGACAUACUUACUCCAAUAAAUGAAAAUGCAUCAAAUAAACGCACAGCUGAGGACUUAUUUGGGGACAUUAAUGACAUAGAUUUUGAUAAUUUUGAAUUGCCAAGUAAAAAGCAAAAAACUGAAGAAGAAAUAGACAUGGAUUUGAUUAAUAAGAUUAUUGAAGGCAGAAAAAUAAGGCAGAUGUUGGCAGAACCUGCUAGUAGAGGUUACAUUGAUAAGAAACCUAACUUUAAUGUUAAAGAAAACCUUACGAGGAACAUACCAAGAUGGCCAUUUGUACCUUUUACCAAAUGGGAUGGAGAGAGAGUGUAUGUACGGUUGGAAUCAGAGGAGUCGUGGGAAGACUCUCUGGACAGAAUUUCAGAGAAGUUGACUUUGCAAACCACAUAUGCAGCUACUUGGGAAGAGGCUAGAAAAAUUUUAGAAGCCAAGAAUCAGCAGAAGGAAUCAAAUGAAUCAGUUCAAGAAGUACAAUCAGAAGAAAACAACGAACCGAGUGAUCUAUGGGUAGAGAGGUAUCGUCCCAAGUCAUACAUUGACCUGCUCUCUGAGGAACCAGUCAAUAGGGCCUUGUUACAUUGGCUCCAUUUGUGGGACAAGGUAGUUUUCAAAAAAGACGUAAAAACUAAAGAACCUCAGCACCGCAACGCGUUCAGCAAGCGAACAGGCCAGUUCCAGUUAAGCAAUAAGUGGAAAGGCAAGAAGGAAAAUGAACCAGAAAUGGAUGAGGAUGGCCGACCACACCAUAAAGUGGCCCUAUUAUGUGGACCUCCAGGCGUCGGUAAAACCACUUUGGCACAUUUAUUGGCUAGGCUUGCAGGUUACAGGCCGGUGGAGCUGAACGCUUCAGACGAGAGAAGCACGGAAGCGUUUCAAACAGCGUUACAAAGUGCUACGCUCAUGAGGUCCGUCCUAGAUGCCGAUAGAAGACCCAACUGUCUUAUAUUAGACGAAAUAGACGGUGCUCCGAUACAAACUGUGGAGCUAUUAGUGAAAUGGUGUACCGCUUCUGCUAGUAAGAAAGAGGAUGGCAAGAAAAAAUCCAAGUCGCAACCUCUGAAGAGACCAGUCAUUGCUAUAUGCAAUGAUUUAUACGCUACGUCUUUGAGGCCAUUGAGACCGGUAUCUCUAAUAGUGACGGUAGGGUCCAUAACCCCAGCGCGCCUCGCCGCGCGCCUGUCCAUAGUGGCCAAGUGUGAGAAGCUGCGCGUACACCCACGCGUCAUAGCGGCGCUGGCUGCGCGCGCGCAGGGCGACAUCAGGGCGGCUCUGCAUGUUCUGAGCUUCCUCAAAGCCCGGGCUAAGGAGCAGGUGAAUAUAGAGGAUGUGGAAAACGCAUCAAUUGGCAUUAGAGACAACGCCAAGAGUAUGAUGCAGGCGCUACAAGCGAUAUUCACUCUUAAUGACGACGACCCAAGUGCUAUCCUGAGAACCAUCCAAGCGGCGGGGGAAUAUGACAGAGUAAUAGAUGGAAUAUUCGAGAACUACCUGAGCGCGCGCUGCGACUCAAGGCUCCUUAUAGCUUGCGAGACGAUGUCGUGGCUGCGACUGUACGACGCUAUAAACAGCUGGACCAUGCGACAUCAGAACUAUUCGCUGUAUGGCUUGCUGCCCAUAUGUAUUGCGAGAUGUCACAGUAUACUCGCUACCAGGCAAUCGAUUAAAGUCAAGUUUCCUAUGCAGGCACAGGAGAUGUAUCGGAGGAAGACAGAACUAGACAGCAUAGUAUGGUCGGUGUGGAGCGGCAGCUCUGCCAAUGUGGCCACAACUCGUACUGCCUUGCGGUUGGAUAUACUGCCACUCCUGCCGUACUUAUUGUCACCCGCGCUACGAUCUGCUAAUGUACAGUUAUGCAGCGAAAAUGAAAAGAAAUCCCUUAUGACAUGCGCGGGCGCAAUGUGCGACUACGGGCUUCAGUACAUACAACAACGCACGGCGCAAGGUUUAUACGCUUUCAUGCUGGAGCCUGAUGUGUAUAAAAUUGCGUUUUUCGGCAACGAAGACUGCCUGCGCCCGUCGCCCGCGGUCCGACAAGCGAUCGCUACAGAACAGCAAUUAGAAGUCUUACGGAGAAACGAGGAAAUGAUGAGCCGUAUGAGCAUUCGAUGCCAAAGUUCAAGUCAAGCUGGAACCACAAAACCCAAAGUGGUUCCACAACCUACAACCUCCGAGGAUGCAAAAGGGACAAGGUUACCAAAUCACUUGCAGCGGCUACAACCGAAAGCUGUACAAAAAAUCGUACCACAAGUACAGAAAGAUUUCUUCGGUCGGAUUGUUCCAAUCACACAAGCACAGAAACAAGACGCAGUGUCAGACGUGAUAUCGUCGAGCAGCGUGUUCUACCAGUACAGAGAGGGGUUCAACAACGCGGUGCGGCGGAACGUGCGGAUGCGCGAUUUGUUAUAGGAUCUAUUGUAUUUGUAUCAUCAUCAGAUCGAUACAUUAUAAAUCGUCGCUGCGCAUGAAAAUUCCGUGGAUUCCCAAAAAAUGUGGAAAAUCACAAGUUUUUAGGACACUUUUAAAAUUAUUUUUUAUGGAAAAAUAUGCUUUAUUUUAGAUUAAAAUCACAUAGCUAAAAAGAUUAUCUCUUGAACUAACACAUGCUAAAGGACGGGUUUCUAAAACAAAACAAAAUGGCAUCAAAACGAAAAUCGACGAAAUAUAGCUUAAUACCGGCUGGACGCACCUGGUUAGUCGAUGUACCUAAGCCCAACUAGUUUCAAACCCAUCCGGGGUCCUUUUUCAUAGGGACUCUGCGGAAAAGGGACUCCUUGUGAAAAAGGACCUCGGAUGAGUGAGUCCAACAGAUACUAUUUAAUUAAUUAUUUAUAUUUAUAAUUAUAUUUAUAAUGGAUAUCAGUGACGAUAAUUUAAACGCGAAGAUACAUAUUAUGUACAAAAUUGUUCCUAUCAGUUCUAUCAUAUUGUAAAGUUAGUUCAAUCGCUGUUUAAUAUU